AUGGGUUCUUCUCUCGUAACUCACGCUCUCCUUCUCUCUUUCUCUCUCCUCUUCACACCCAUAACUCCUUCUCCUUCUCCUUAUCUCUCUCCCAUUUUCCUUAAGAAUUACAACUCCAUGUCUGCAAAUUUAAGAAUCUUCACUUACAUUCCGUUCAACUCAUUUUCGUUUUCUUCCCAAGCCGAAUCGCUUUUCUACGAAUCGCUUCUUAAUAGCCCAUACUCUACUCACGAUCCUGACCAAGCCCAUUUGUUUUUCGUUCCCUUUUCCCCUGAUAUCUCCGCUCGCUCCCUAUCGCGUUUGAUUCGCACGCUCCGUACCGACCUUCCGUACUGGAAUCGGACUCUCGGCGCCGAUCACUUCUUUCUGUCGUCGUCCGGCAUCGGUUACAUCCCUGACCGGAACGUUGUUGAGUUGAAGAAAAACGCUAUUCAGGUCUCUUCAUUCCCCGUUCCUCCCGGGAAGUUCAUUCCUCAUAAGGAUAUUUCCUUACCGCCGGUUUCCGCUUUGGUUUCGGCGCAGGUGAGUACGUUGACGGUGAGUGAGAGAAUGUUGGGUUUUGUUGGGUAUGGUUGGGUGAAGGGUUUGUCUUUGGUGAAGGAAUUAAUUGAAGAUCCUGAGUUUUUAAUGGAGUCGGAGCCGCCGCCUACGACGUCGUGUUACGGGGAUAAAAUGGCGAAGAGUGACUUUUGUUUGUUCGAAUACGGCAGCGGCGAUGUUUCGGGGAUCGGGGAGGCUUUAAGAUUUGGGUGUGUUCCGGUGGUGAUUUCGGACCGUUCGAUCCAGGACUUGCCGUUGAUGGACGCCGUGCGGUGGCAGGAAAUGGCGGUGUUCGUCGGCGGUGGCGGCGGAAUUGAAGGUGUGAAGAAGGUAUUAAGGUGCGUGGAUGGAGAAAGACUAGGCAGGAUGAAAAGAUUGGGUGCGGCGGCAGCACAGCAUUUUGUGUGGAACUCGCCGCCUCAGCCGUUGGAUGCUUUCAAUACGGUGGCGUACCAGCUUUGGUUGAGAAGGCACGCCGUUAGAUAUGCCGAUAGAAGAGAGUGGGCCCAGAACUAA